AAUCAUAAUUCCUGCUUGACGACUCCCAUUGUGGGUUUUAAAUAGCACUCCCACUGUCCAGCGGUCAGUGCUAGAGUAGAGCACCAAAGAGCAGGGGCUGCUCAGCUCAGGCAGAGUGGGGACAGCUGCAGAGCAUCUGAGACUCUGGACAAACCGCAUGGGUUCUGGCACCCUUCGGGCACUUGGUGAUUGAAGGGCAAGUGCUGCGUUCCAGGCAUCCCUUGGAUCUGGGAAACUGACUCUUUCCACAGGCUGAAGGACACCUCGUAGCUGGGCAGACAUGGACACAGAUUCUGAGUGGCCCCUGAACAGGAGAGGUCCUUCUCUACCAUGCAAAUCCCUGACUGGGACACAAAAUUUCAAGCGAUUUGGCAUCCCGCUCAUUGCCACCAUCCUGAGCAUGGCCACCAUCGUUGUAAUUGCCUUCCUAAUCAAGGCAGUUCUGGAACGCUACUACUUCCUCUGCAGUAAGACAUUCAAGUUCAUCCCCAUGCAGCAGCAGUGUGAUGGGCAGGAAGAUUGCUCCUGGGGAGAGGACGAGGAGAGCUGUGUGCAGCAGGUCCCAGAAGGCCCACUCAUGGAAGUCCGCAUUUCUGAAGACAGAGCCACCUUGCAGGUACUAAACAAAGAGACCGGAGCCUGGUUCUGGGCAUGUCACGAUAACUUUCAUAUGACCCUGGCAAAAGCAGCCUGCAAGCAAAUGGGCUACAACAGCGUCCCCACAUUCAGAGCUGUGGACAUUGCAGACACGCAGGGCCUGCCCCUCAGGGAGGUCACAUUGAACAAUGGGGUCCUCCAAGGGCAAGACUCCGGCAGGCACUGCCUCUCUGGGUCCGUCGUUUCACUCGCAUGUGCCACCUGCGGAGAAAGUGUGAGGUCUCCACGUGUGGUUGGUGGGGGCCAGGCCAGGAUCGACGCCUGGCCAUGGCAGGUCAGCUUACAGCACAAAACCCAGCACCUCUGUGGGGGCAGCAUCAUUGACCCGAGGUGGAUUCUCACGGCAGCACAUUGCUUCAAGAACAACCUGGCCCUUCAGAACUGGCGAGUGAAAGCAGGAUCCGAAAUCCUCUCCAACUUCAACACUAUCCCUGUGGAAAAGAUCUUCAUCAUUGACAGUAAUCAUAUGUUUCCCAAAGAUAAUGACAUUGCCCUGGUAAAACUCGCGUCUCCCUUAAGUAUUUCAGACACAGUUAAACCAAUCUGUCUGCCUUUUUUUGAUGAGGAACUGCCCUCUCACGCCCCACUGUGGGUGACAGGCUGGGGCUACACAGAGCAGGAUGGUACAUUGUCCAAGUCUCUGCAGCAGGCCCAGAUCAAACUGAUUGACAGCAACACCUGCAAUGCUCUAGAUGCCUACCAGGGGGACAUCUCAGAUACGAUGAUAUGUGCAGGCCUCAUGGAAGGCGGUGUCGAUACCUGCCAGGGAGACAGCGGCGGCCCCUUGAUGUACAAUCCAGGGCACUGGCAGGUGGUGGGGAUCGUCAGCUGGGGACAUGGCUGUGGCGGACCAAGCACUCCUGGCGUCUACACCAAAGUGCAGGCCUAUCUCAAUUGGAUCUACACCAUCCAGAGGGUCAGCGUCCUUGUCUCUGAAACCAGACACUGAUCAGGAAUGGAUUCCUCCCUGCUGGGCUGGCAAGGGACAGGGACGGCAGCUUGUGCCACCCCAUGCUGUGAGUGCCAGAGGCCAGUUCAGCUCCUGUGACCUGCCCUACACUGUUAUUGCAACAGCACAGAAUAGCCAGGCCACAAACAUUCGCCAGCCAUGCCUGCCAGAAUGCUCUCUGCCUCAGGACCUGGUGGGGUUCACAUACCGCACCAUGGCUGGGACAGAGGUAGCAAUGGUCCAUGAAGAAUCUGGCUUACACAGCAGCAGAAAUACAUUGAUGGGAACUGGCUAGGGCUUCUUGGUGUUUAGUUCCCCAGAAAAAAAACAUACAUUGCUCCUGGGUGCUGAGCUAAUCAAAAAUCCAAAGCGUUUGCUGCUCCUAGGCUUCUCUAAACGAUGAAUGCCACUAAGCAGGAGAUCUGGCUUUAAGCUCUGAUCCCUCAGCAGUAGGCUCUGAGACAGGGGUGGGAAAACUACGGCCCGCGGGCCGCUUCCGGCCCAUCAGACGUUUUUAUCCGGUCCUUGAGCUCCCGCUGGGGAGCAGGGUCGGGGGCUUCCCUGCUCUGCCCGCCCGGUACUCCAAAGCCCCCGACUCACACUUCCCUUGAUGAGCACCAUCUUCCGGCACAUGGAGUGCCACACUGCGCAGACACGACUUCACUGCGCUGUUUCUGGGAUCAGAAACACACACCCCCCACUGCGCAGCAGCCCCCCCCCCAUACACACACACAGCAGCACACCCAGUCCCCUCCUGGUCUCCUACGGCCCCACCCUCGAGAGCCUUGAAACCACCCAGGGGCUGCACCUGUCCCAGCUAGGGUGCCUCCGCCCGUGGCGGUGCCUGGUACAGCCACCUUGGUGUCAUUGCCAGCAGGGCCCCUAGGAGUCCCCUGUACUGUCCCUGUAGAGCCCCCUCCUCCCCCCACCUCAGUAACAUUCCUUAUAGAGCCCCCCCAUGCUACAUCCCAUAGAGUCCCUCUCCCCCACUGGGCAUUCAUGGCCCCCCAUACAAUUUCCAUACCCAGAAGUGGCUCUCAGGCCACAAAGUUUGGAGCCCCCCCACACACACACACACACACUCUGAGAGGGGUACGUAAUGCUGGUGCCACAAUGCCUGCUAGCUAAUCAAGAGGGCCAUGACAUUGCUAGUUGAACACGUGACAGCAGCUGAAUGGAGCUGAGGUGCAUUUCUGCUCUUCCCAGCACAGGAGACUUUAGCUAGCCAGGGCAGGUGAUGCAGGGGGUAGACAGGGCCUUCGGGAAGGCUCAAUUCUAGACGAGCUUUGUUGCCCGGGCCCUGGAGGCACCUGCCUAGCCUGUGGGGAAUUGCCCCUACAGCAGCUAGAGGGGCCUGGAGGGAACUGAGGACUGAAGGGGUAAAUGGAAGCAGGUGGGCCAGGGGUAUUAUGGAGCAUGUUCCACCCUCACGCCUGGCUGAGUUUUGGUUUCCUGAGAAACUGAAUUGACAUCUGAGGCUAGAAUUUGGUUCAAUGUUUAUUCCUGCGUUUUUGUGGUGCCAGUUUUAAUUUCUUGUGUGUCUCACCUUCCAGUCAGAGCUCUGAGGCUCCCACAGCAGCAGCUUCCCAUCACGGCCCCUGUGUUAAACACCUGGCUGCCCUGGUUCUGAG